GCUACAUCCAACUAACAAGCAAGCAAUCCAUCCCUCCAAAACCCGCCUCAGCUUCACUGACAUCACCAAAUAAUACGGACGCACUCCUCGGAAUAUUGGCCACCAAAAUGACAUUGCAAAUGGAACGUACGAGAUCAGUGAAAGGCAAGAAACGAGCACGAGACUUGUCCCCGAGCUCUUCUUCUCUCUCUUCGACGCACUCGGAAGCUCUUGCUAUCGCGCCUCCGGUGAAAAAACCUAAGAGAGCAGAGACAAAGCCCUGCCCGGCAUGCGCUGAAUUAAUUCCUGUGCGCCUGCUUGCUGCUCAUGCUGCUCUUGAAAUGCAAAGGGUGGAAGACAUCAUUCGGCAUAUUGGUGAGGCGGAGGUCUUAGCAGAAGUUGAUGACUUAGAAGAAGGCCCGAGCAACCGCGCCCGACGCUCUGCACUGAAGGCCCGCAAAUCCCUUACCACCUCUAUCCCUUCCUCGUCCUUGUCUCCUUCCGCGAUUGGCAAGACCAUUCAAACCAUUACGCGUCGACGAAAAGCACGACACUUGCGCCUCAAAGAGCUUGCUAAAGAGCAUGAAGCAGAGUCCUGGAUUAUCGAAGUUGAGGGAGGAACGUCAUGUCCUGUGUGUGCACAAGUAAUCAGAGGUGAUGGGGAUGUCGUUGAAGCACAUGUGGAUGCAUGUCUAGCCCAUGAAAGCGCUAGAUUGGAACGAGAGCGGCUACAGGAUGAGGAUGAGGAACUCGACAUCGGUGGCGGUGGAGGUGGAGGUAGUGUUAGAACGAGAGUUAUUGCAAGUGCAAGUCUACGAGGCACUGGAAUCCAUAUCAGAACAUCCAAUUCACUGGACGUUGAGGAUGAAGUGGAUAUAGAUGGCGAGGACGAAGAAGUGUUCGGAGAAGCACAGUUUGGCGAAGUUGAUGUCCUGGCUUUGCCCUCAAGUGAUCGCGUCGAUUUGCGCCCUGAGAACGAAGAUACCGACGUCGACAUAGAUGGACAUUUAGGAACUGCCCAAGAACUGCAGACACUCAGACAUCUGGUAGUUGGGGGUAAGGUCUUAACGAAGCGGCCAGAUGGUAUAGAGAGCAAAGCGGUCCAACCGAUCGAUAUGGACCAGCUCGACCUGGAUAUCUUCAACGCUCGCUCGCAAAAUGACCCUAGCGCGCUUAUUAUGGCUCUGGAGAACAAGAUCAAGACGCUGGAAUCUAGUCCUGGAUCGAUGUCUUCACCUAAUAACCUGUGCCGUAUAUGUCUUUCACAGUACACCGAGCCAACGGUUUCAACAGGAUGCUGGCACACGUGUUGCCGUGAAUGUUGGCUUCGUUGUCUGGGAGCAACCAAGCUCUGCCCAAUGUGCCAACGGAUUACCAGUGCCACUGAGCUGAGAAGAGUGUAUAUUUGACCUUGUGCAUUUGACCUUGCUUUCGAUACCUUAAAUAUAGCAUAUCAUAUUGUAUUUUGCACGGUACACUAUAUUGUGGUUCCUGGAAGAAAGCUUGAUGAGCCUUCUAUUCUUCCAAAGGGGAGUACGUGUAGACAAUGCUCAUAUCUGGCCUAAUACCAUCGACAUGUGCCACAGAAUAAACCAGUUCAAGUUGGAACGGUUACAAGCGGUGGAAAUUCAGGACCCUCGCAUGGAGAGCCACCACGGAAUAAAAUCUUGGCAAGUAGAAGAGAGGAAAGGCGCAGCUUACCAGAGUCGACAAAUGCGUCCGU